AUGUCUUCUAGUUCGAGGCCAGACUCGGCUUCUGCAGCACCAGUGGCCAUCCCGCGGCCGCAGGCAAACACCAUCUUGACUUCGUUUACAACAUUCCUCACACUCACAAUACACACAAUAUUGUACUACAGGCGCCUAUACCCGCAACAGACAUUUCUCAUGACAAAAGCCCACAACCUGCCAGUACCUCAAUCCCGGCAUCCAGCCCUGUGCGAAUGGAUCAACUCGGCCCUCGCUGCGAUACAGGAUCAAAUUGCUCUCGGCACCGUCUCCAAAGUGUGUGUUGUGAUUCAUGCCGCAGAGACUAUGGCUGUUGUGGAGAGAUGGGUCUUUGACGUCACCAACUUCCCAGUCUGGGCUACGGGCAAGGGCAAGGAGAGGCUCGGUCAGGGGCAGAGGUUCCAGCGACGGGAGGAAGACGAUGAUGACGGCUCGGUGAACUGGGUCGAUGUGAACGAGGCGUACAGAGGAGCUCUUAGACGUCUGGUUUAUGCCGCCGAGAUGAAGGGGCCACUACCAGAGGGGUGUACCUUCACAAUGGCUGUCGAGCUACGAGACGAGUCACCGGCGCCAAUAGGGCACCCUCAGCCUUGGAUUCCUUCCGAACCCGCGCUUCAGCCCGCCUCAAGGAUGAACCCGGUGCCAGGCGCAAAUAUUGGAGGCGCCUCUACCACACCACUUCGCUCAGUUGAAGCUGGACCCCUCUUUUUCGAGUGUUGGAUCGAGGAAGGCAAAGCUCCAUCCUCGCCGCCCUCUACUCAGGACUCUUACUUCUCAUGA